AUGCCCCCCGCGCGGCGUGCUGCGGGCGCGGGCGGGGCGGGGGUCACAACACACACCACUAAUUCAUUUGUGCGGCGAGGCUCGACCAGCGCGCCCGGCGCCCCACGCCUCCAGACCCUAACACCCGUAUACGAGGCUGCAGCUGUUGCCUCCGACUAUGCCAAUUGUGUAGAGGCUUUUGUACGCCGUAUUAACUAUGAAACUAUUAUAACAACACACGUCCCACGACCGAGCUACAAAUCAAUUCCCUUAUCAGAAUUUCGCGACAAUGUAUUAAAUUUGACAAGAUUGUUACACAUGUUGGUGAAGCAAGUCGUUAGAACAAGAGCAGUAGAGGUCCGGGCGCCUCGUGCAUUGUAUGAUGUCGUGUUCGUUCUUGAGUGCGGCGGGUAUGGCGCCCGAGAGUUCAGGUGCAGCGUGUUGGACCCCGCCAUCGAUGUCGUGUCUGCCGAGUAUGGAGGGUCCAUCGAGCAUGAUGCCGUUCAUCCGCCCGCCCAGCUUGCUGAGCUUGCCGAGCAUGCCCGCGCCGCCUACGUUCGCGCCGGCCGCGGCGAGCGCGCCGGGCCCCUCGCACGAGCCCGCACUCGACCUGACGAAGCCGUCGUCAUCCCUCAAGUGUCAUCUCCCGUCUCCGGCCAGCGACGGCGAGACAGAGUGACAGUGUUGUGCCACAGACGAUUUAUUGAACUAGCGACAUGA